UUUCCUUUUUUUAAUUUACUGCCGCCAAUCAAUCAAGAAAGUUCCCAUAUUUUCUGCCCUAAUUUUCUCCCGCCAUCAUCAUCGUAGUCGUCGUCGAGAAUGGCAAUGGCAAUGCAGCCCGUUGUUGACGACGAUUUGCUGGCGAUGCUGCUUCAACAACUGCCGCCGGGGUUUCGAUUUCGUCCGACCGAUCGAGAGCUGAUCGGGUUUUUCUUGAAGAGGAAAAUUGCUGCUUCUUCGUCUUCAGUUGCUGCUGCUCCCAGUUCCCUGAUCAAAGAUUUUGAUGUCUACUCCACCGAACCCUGGAAUUUACCUAGUGAUUCAUUUCUGAGCCAGAGUGAUGAGAAAGAGAUGUAUUUCUUCUCCCCUAGGCAUCCAACAAGCACAAGUGCCAAAAGGGUGAACCGAACUGCUGGCUGUGGAUUUUGGUAUGGGAGUGCAGGUGACACAACGAUUAUGAUUGGAACUGAAGUUAUUGGCUACAAAACACAACUGACUUUUAAGACUCGUGGGAAGGAGAAGAAGAAGACUAAUGGUGAUUGGAUUAUGCACGAAUUUCACUUGCACUCUUCUUCAGAUGAUACAGUGUUCGAUGACAUGGUAUUGUGCAGAAUCUACAUGAAGAAAGGGAAGAAGAGUUCUCAAACGAACGAAGAAGUAGAUGAUAUUCCUGUUCCUGCAGGUGAACAAGAGGCAGUAGCUAAAGGGAACAGAGUGAUGAAGAGGAAAAGUGCUGAUCACCGUGAGAUGGGAACCUAUGGAUUAGUGUACACCAAGUCAUCUGAACAAAACACAUCGUCAGUAUCUAAGUUUCCUCCAUUGCUGUCCUGUCAAGAAUCAAACGUGCAGUCAAAUAUGAGUUGGAUUGAUGUUGCUGUUUUUGAUGGAAAAUUAAAUGUAGAGGAGGAAGAAGAGGGACGAAGGAUGGUGAAGAGAAGGCGGGUCAAGGAAAAUGGUUCUAUGGUAGCUGAUUAUAAUGAAAAAGGGACCUCUGGGUGUGAAGAGAAGGCGGGUCAAGGAAAAUGGUUCUAUGGUAGCUGA